AUGGCUGCCAUUUAUCAUUUAUACCUCCUCAAUAACCAAGACACCCCGAUAUUCAAAUCUCAGUACGCGUCUUCCAGGUUCAGUGGCGGUGGCGGUGGCGAUGUGAGUGGGCCUCAGGACCUGAUAUCGGCUUUGGUGGGGGGAGGCGGGGGUAAACUGGGUGGACAAGGCACACACGGCGCACAGAGUACACAAACUACGCAAACUACACAAACUACACUCCAAAUGCACCAGGAUAUCAUGGACUUGGUCGCACACGCUUCUCUCGACGUCAUUGACGAUAUCCAAACCAAGUCGAAUAGCAUGUACCACAAAUCCGUCGACAGCUUCAACGGGUGGACAGUCAGUGCGUUUAUCACACCUUCGAUCCGCUUCGUACUGCUGCACACAGUCACCAACGACGACAAUAUCAGAAACUUCUUCCAGGAAUGCUGGCGGGUGUUUCUCGACACACUCCUCAACCCGUUCUACACACCCACUGAUGCCAUACAGGGUAAGACAUUUGGCGAAAAACUUGAGAAAUUUGCACGCAAGUAUUUGUGA